AUGAAGACUCUGAUUCCUCCACACUUCGUCCUCGAGGAGGUCUCCCGCUACGAUAUCAUCAUCGCCUCACUCGCCCUCGGCUUCACCAUUGGCUUUGGCUGGCUGACGACGUGGACGGCCGCGAAGCAGACGAAACAUGUGUGGCGCCGUCACGGUAUGCGCGUCUGGCGCAAUGCCUAUGUGUGGAUGAUCUGGCUCGAGAUUGCCGUCUGCCUCGUCUUUGCCAUUAUCUGUUUCCUGUAUCUGCUGCAUGUUAUACCCCCUAGCUUUGCAUUUUACUUUACCAUCUUGACCAUGUGGGCGCUCCAGGUCCAGUUCCUGCUCCAGAUCAUCGUCAACCGAUGCGCCAUCCUCAUGACGGACCCCAACAGGGCCUCGCGCCUGAAAUGGGGCAUCGCCGCCCUCAUCACCCUCGUCAACAUAUCCGUCUACUGCAUCUGGAUCCCCGCGCGCCUGCAAAUCUCGGAGCGCUACGUCCACAUCAACGAGUGGUGGGACCGCUGCGAGAAGGGCAUCUACCUCACCGUCGACGCCAUGCUCAACUUUUACUUUAUCCACAUUGUCAAGAAGAACCUCAUCAUGCACGGCCUCACCAAGUACCGCUCCCUCGUCCGCUUCAACAUGUUCAUCGUCGGCUUCUCCCUGAGCAUGGACGUCUUUAUCAUUGGCAUGAUGAGCCUUGGCAACUCGUUUGUGUACAUGCAAGUGCACCCCCUCGCCUACAUUGUCAAGCUCAACAUUGAAAUGUCCAUGGCCGAUCUCAUCGGCAAGAUUGCGCGCAACCGCAACUGCGGCGUCAUCGCCGAGGGCACCUUUACCGAAUCGCUCGACUCGAGCGGCGGCGGCGUCCGGACGGCGUCGAGCAUGACCGACGACGUCGAGGCCGACCUCGACCAGACCUACCGGCGUCGCGUGCGCGUCAGCACGCCGCACGGGCAACAGCACCAGAACGGCGUCACGCUCGAGCUGACGGACAUUGUGGCCGCCGCGGCCGCGACCGCCGGCCAGCUGCCGCCGCUGUCGCCGAGCGAGGCGGGGUACUCGCCGCCGCCGGCGACGGGCAGCAGGACGUUCUCGUUCAACUCGAGGACGGGCAUGCUGUACGAGGUGCCACCCGCGCCGAGGGAGACGUACGUCGCGUUUGGCCUGGGCCGGGACGGCGAGACGAGGUCGGCGGCGGGCGCGUAUAGCCUGCAGGUCGUCGAGGAGGAGGGCAAGCGGCACGAACUCGCCGAGUUGGCGUAG